GUGCACAGGUGAUUUUAUUGGCGGCUCUAUUGAAGUAGUGUUUGUAAAUAGUUUUUCUUUCAUUGUUCCUACUCUACUGUAAAACCGGAGUUUUAUUUUCCAUUCAAUAAAGAUUAUUUUUUCAUUUAUUAAUUAAAAAAAAUAUUUUUAAUUUGGUCACUUGGAAAUUUUAUAUAUAUUCAUUUGCUAGCAUUUUAUUUUGGAACUCAAGAACGUAAUAUCAUUUAAGCUGUAAAACUAUAAUCGAGCCACAGAAUAUCCCGAAAGACUCAACUGAAACUUAUAACAGGGCACUGAAUUGUACAGUAGGUAGAUCCAGCACAUUUUUGAGGCAUGGUAGUUCUACGACAGGAUGUUGAAUUCUUGCACUGAUGUAGAAAAUUAACAUGAAUUCAAGUUUACAUUAAUGAAACAAAACAUUAGACUUUAGUACUUCCUAUUUUUAUUUCUUAGUUUUUUAAUAGGUUAAAAAAAUUAAGAUACUAUUGUUGCCUCUAUUUAACUCAAGAUGCUACAUUCCAGUCAGUUAAUACAUUUAUAUACCAGAGUUCUUGAAGAUACAUCAUUUGUAAAUAAUGUCAAUGAGAAAGACAUGAAGCAAGCUAUUGAACACAUGCAUAAGAUUUACCAAGGAUCUGCAAAUAGUCUGUCAAAAAAUUUGAAUUAUCUAACAGAUUUCAAUGAAGUUACCUAUAGAUGUGCCUACUUGUUCAAAUAUGCACCAUUUCACACAGCUCUUUCAUAUACAGCAAUGAGUCAUGCGUUGACUGAAAGUCCUUAUGAAUUAAGAGCAAUUUUAGAUUCUCUCUCUGGACCUUUAAAAUUAUGCAGUCUUGGGAGCGGUCCAGGUACCGAUGUGAUUGGAGUUUUAGCAGCAAUGCAUGAUCAAUUUGGUUUCUUUCCUAGUUUUGUCAAAUUGGUGGACAUUAUGUCUGAAUGGAAAUUAACAUUUUGGUCAAUUAUUGAUGAAUUGAGAUUUGGACAGCAAAAUUAUGGAUCACUGUCCGAGAGUGUGAGUGAGAAGUGGUUUGAUUGGUCCUUUGUAACAGCUGAUCUUCAAAAUCAGAUAAGCAGAGAACUUACUGAAGUGCUAGGAACUGCUGAUAUAGUUACUAUGAUAAAGUUUGUAUCUGCUGCUGCCUGUAAGAAAACAACCAAUAUGAUUGAAAGAAUCUUCAGAUUGAUGAAACCUGGUGCAUUUGUAUUGUUUGUUGACAAUGCAGCUGGGGGAUAUGAAAAAUUAAUUAGCAAUGCAGCUAAUAAGUAUGAAUUAAAUGCUAUUUCAACACCUUUGAAACAUCAACAUUAUAUAAAUGAGGCUUUCAACUGUUCGAAAUAUGGCUACAGAAGCUGUUAUGAAAGUAAAGUUGCCAUGCAGUUACUUAUGAAAUCAGAUUUAAUCAACUGCUCUAAUGAAAACCAUUUGAUAGUAAAUUUGUCUUGUAAUGAGAAUUUUCCUUUGUCAUCAGUUCCAUUUAAAAAAAAGAUACAGGUACCUGAAUUUCAAAAUUUCAGAAUUGGCCCGAAAUUAUUUGAUAAUCCUAUGAAUGAUCACAAAGCUGUUGUACCUGAAUCAUUAUCAAAUUUACAAAUAAGCAAUUUCUUCCUCUCAUCUGAUUUUUCACCAAAGCUGGACAGGCUGAAGAAACAAAUUGAGAAUCCUGUGAAUCUUUGUAAAUCCUUUGAUUCUGAGUCAUCUUGGAGUUCCAGACCACAUUCUUUAGCUAGUCAAAAUUGGUCUGUAAGGGAUGAAAGUCAAAUUUAUGAUCCAGAGUAUCAAAGUGAAUCAUUUGGACAUGAACUGCCCUUGAAUGCUCAUAAUUCAAAUAAAAUGGACUUUCUUGAUGAUGAUAAUUUUCCUUCAUUUUAUUGGCAAAAGAUGCAUGUCCCUAAAUUGCAGAAUUUUAGAAUGUUUUCUAAGCCAAUUGGUGGUCCUUUAAAUGAGCAUGAUACAUUUAAUCAUGGGCCACUGUCAGUAUUUCCUGUAAGGCAUAUCUCACCAUCAUCUAAAUUUUUCUCGGAAUCGGCAAUGAUGAAAAUGCAAAAUGAUUAUUCAAUAAGUCAUAACAAAUCAUUUGAAUCUAAAUUAACUUUGAGUUUGCCAUUGGAUUCUAGUCCUCAAAUUUCAUCCAUUCAGAACAAUUCCAUAAGAGUUAUAGAUCAAAUUUAUGAUUCUAUGCAUGAAAAUGAUUUAUUUGAAGGGAAACUGCAUUGUAAUACAUCACUAGAUAGGCCAUUGAUCACUCAAGUUUCACAAACUGUAACUGAACCCAUUUUAUAUGUGAUGGCAACUGAUGACUCAGAUUAUUCAGACGAAUCAUUUGAGAGGGAAUUGUUAAGAGAUUCUCCAGCAUGUAAUAAUUUAUUUAAUACUAGAUUCUCACCAAAACAUGGUAAGUCUGAUGACACUUUUCAUGAGAAAGAGUCAUUUUGGAAUACAUCAACAAACAAUUUAACUCAACAUUCUACUUUGAUAUCUGAAAAUGAAAAUUCUUCAUUAGCAUCAGUAUAUUAUAGACCAAGUUUACAUCAACUAAACCAGAGCCCCAGAAUAUCUUUUGAAGGACUUGAUAUUUCAGAUAAUAAUCAAAAUUCAUUAAAUUUUGAAUCCCCAUAUCAUCAAACUUGGAACAAUGAUUGUCACUUGUUAGGAGCUUUGCAAUAUCCAGGAAAGGACAUAAGAUCAAAAGGACCGAGCAGUGUUUCAGUGGAUCAGAGCAAACUAUAUGAAUCAAAAGUGCCUGAAAAGAAACAAUCAAAAAAUGGCUCUCUUUCACUGGAACAACCACAUCAACACUCAAAAAAGUCCAAAGUACCCAAAAAGUAUUGUAAUGUUUCUGUACAUCGAUGUAAACCAUAUGAAAUCAAAAGAUCUCUGACCAAACAAUCAAAAGUGAGUCUGCUUUCAUCGCACUCACCACAACAUAGUUCAGGAAAGUUGAAAGCACUAAACAGAUAUUGUAAUGUUUCUGUGCAUCAGUAUGAACCAAGUGGAAUUGAGAGAUCUUCGUUCAAGCAGUCAAAACAAAGGCCACUUCCAUUGCAGUCACUGUAUCAUUGUCCAGGAAAGUUCAAAUCAUCAAAAAAACAUUUCACUAAUACUUCAGUGCAUCAGUAUAAACCUAGUCAGGGAAAAGAGUCCAUGAGCAAACAAUCAAAUAAUAAUCCUCUUUCAUUGGAACAUCGACAUUCAGGUAAGCCUAAAGCACUAAAAAAGCAUUCUGAUGUUUCUAUAAAUCAGCAUAAGCCAAAUGAAAUUAAAAGAUCUCUGACCAAGCAGUCAAAACAAAAUCCAUUGUUAAGAGCACAUCAUUGUUCAGAAAAGUUCAAAGCAGUGAAAAGAUAUUGUAAUGUUCCUGUGCAUCAGCAUAAAUCAAAUGAAACCGAUAGAUCUCCUUCCAAGCAGUCAAAACAAAGGCAAUUUUCAUUGCGUCAUUGUCCAGAAAAUUUCAAAUCAUUAAAAAGACAUUGCAAUGUUUCUGUGCAUCAGCGUAAACCUACCGAGCGAAAAGAGUCUGCAGAAAAGCAAUCAAAUAAUGAUUCUCUUUCAAUGGAACAACCACAUCACCCAAAAGAACUCAAAGAACCAAAAAGACAUUGUAUUGUUCCUGUGCAUAAGCGUAAAUCAAAUGAAAUUGAUAGAUCUCCUUUCAAGCAGUCAAAACAACGCCCAUUUUCAUUGCGUCAUUGUCCAGAAAAGUUCAAAUCAUCAAAAGGACAUUGCAGUGUUUCUGUACAUCAGCGUAAACCUGCCGAGCGAAAAGAGCUUGUGAAAAAACAAUCAAAUAAUGGCUCUCUUUCAGUGGAACAACCACAUCAAUAUCCAGAAAAACUCAAAGCAUCAAAAAGACAUUGCAAUGUUUCUGUGCAUCAGCCUAAACCAAAAGAUCUCUGACCAAGCCGUCAAAACAAAGGCCACUUUCAUUGCAUCAUUGUCCAGAAAAGUUCAAAUCGUCUAAAAGACAUUGUGAUGUUUCUGUAUACCAGUGUAAAUCUACUGAAUGAAAAGGGUCUCUAGAAAAACAAUCAAAUAAUGGAUCUGUUUUAUAGAAACAACUGCAUCAACACCCACGAAAGUUCAAAGCAUCAAAAAGACAUUGUAAUGUUUUCUCUUUCAACGUAAAUAAAAAUAAAGUUCUGACCAAGUGGUCAAAACGAGAUCGUCUGGGAAAGUUGAAAGCACCCAAAAGACAUUAUGAUGUUUUACCAAAUGAGCCAAAAAGGUCUGAGACCAAAUAAUAAAAGAAUGUUACAAUUUCGGUAUAAUUAUUAUACCAAUAAUAAAAGUACAUAUUUGGAAAAGAAUAUAUUAAUUUUUUCAAAGCAGCAACAUAAAUAAUUUUAGUUGGAAAACUUUUGAAUUAAAUUUAGAAAAGAAAUGUUUCAAUUGCAUUUUAAUCGGCACAUCAACGACCAGAAAAGUAUAAAAUCAUCAGCAUAAAACUUGUCAGAUAAAAAGGAAAAAAGAAAGGGGAAAAAAAUAAAAGAUGAAUGCAUCUGGAAACAGGGAAUAACUGCCAUUGUCGCUAUAUAUCCC